GGGCUAUUAGUGGGAAUUAUUGGGCUUAAGGCCUCACUAGAAUACGGCGACGUCAUAGAAGGAGUCUCGGUGAAGAGAGGCGAGCUGACGACGGCGCCGUCGCUGAGUGGCGGAGGCGCGAUGGAGGUUGGAGUGCUUGUUUACAGGUUAUACAGGGCUCUAACCUUGGGCAUAUCACCGUUGAUUCACCUCCAUAUGCGGUGGCGCAGGCUCCGGGGACUAGAGCAUUUCCGCCGUUGGCCCGAGCGGUUCGGCCGUCCCUCCGCCGCACGGCCGUCGGGAUCGCUCGUCUGGUUUCACGCCGUCUCUUUAGGUGAAGGAAUGGCUGCCAUUCCCGUGAUCAGACGCUGCAAUGAUAUGAAGCCAGAGAUGACUAUCCUGAUGACGACGACGACAGUAUCUGCAUUUGAAGUGAUAAAGAAGCAGCUUCCCGUUGGUGUAUUACACCAGUUUGCACCGGUCGAUACACCGGUGGCUAUCGACAGAUUCCUUGGCCAUUGGAAACCAAGUGCGAUUGUAAUAAUGGAGAACGAACUGUGGCCUAAUCUCAUCAUGUCUGCUGCACAACUUCUUAUUCCGUUGGCAUUGUUGAACGCUCGUAUGUCUACAAAAUCCUUUAAACGGUGGUCUAGUCCUCUCUUUCUACCGCUGGCAUCAUUGUUGCUAUCCAAAUUCUCAUUGAUUGCCCCACUGAGCACCCUGCAGGGUAUACAUUUCCAGCUGCUGCAGGCACCACCCUUCGUCAUUCAUUUCUCGGGAGACUUGAAAUACGUGGUUAACAAGUUCCAUGUAUCUAAUGGAACAUACGAAAGUAUAAAAGCUCUAAAAGCGAAACUCUCAGAAAUGAAGGUGUGGAUUGCAUCUUCAUUACAUAGAGGCGAAGAAGAAGUCAUUUUAGGUGUUCACAAAUUGCUUCUCCAAUCACAUCCUGACUCUGUUGUCAUAAUUGUGCCUCGACAUCCACAUCAUGGACAACAUAUUGCUCAAAAAUUGCGGAAAGAAGGACAAAGCGUAGCUCUAAGGUCUCAAAAUGAAAAGCUAACAUCAAGGAAGACAAAUAUAUAUGUGGUGGAUACACUAGGUGAACUAAGAGAAUUCUACAGAGUAGCUCCAAUAGCCGUCAUUGGAGGUUCUUUCUUCCCGGAAUUAACUGGUCAUAACCUCUCUGAAGCAGCUGCCGCUGGCUGCGCCGUUAUUACAGGUUGUCACGUUGGGCAUUUCUCUCAUAUGGUGAAGGCAAUGCAACAGUCGAAUCCCUUAUCGGUUACACAGGUCUCGACUAGACUAGAGCUCAAAGAAGCUAUCGACUUGCUCCUGAGCAACCCUGAGAUCUUGGAAGCACAUCAGAGAGCUUCUAAAGAAGUAUAUGAGUCUCUAUCGACCUGCAUUAUCUCUAACUUUUGGAAUCUUCUCAAUAUCCAUAUAUUUAGAGUGAGAUUAUAGCAAGUGUAGCUCUCAACAUGUAUAUAUUUGCAGAAAUUUUCUUCUUCUUUCUUUUGUUUGAAUAUUCUGUAUGCUUUCAGCCUUGACUUUUAUGAAAAACCUUUCACAAUAUAGGCAAAU